AUGGACAAUGCCCAAGAUGAUGCGGCUGCUUCAGAGCGAACCUCACCUCCUCCGACCAUGCAGUCCGAAAAGUCUCGCACCAAGAAGUGGGCGCCGAAGACGUUCAACGGGUGCCUCACUUGCAAAAGGAGACGCAUCAAGUGUGACGAGGGCAAACCUUCGUGUCAAAGGUGUCUGAAAUCAAACAUUGAAUGUGGCGGUUAUGCACCGCCCAAGAUCCGAUUGUUCGAACCCGCCGGCUCCUCUUCGUCGUCCUCGGCCGGGCCUUCCUCGAUAGCACCCUCUCCUCUACCCGGUAUUCCAACCAGAAGCCCUCCUCCCAAAAAUCCUCAGCUUCAUUCGUACCUGAACUCAUACCCCCAUCCUCAAGAACUAGCCUUGGUCCCCAGCUUUGGCACCGAAGAAGAAUACCGAUCCUUCCAGUUCUUCCUCGAGCGGACGGCGAACCUGGUUUCGGUCUACUCGCAGCCUUACCUGUGGACCGUGGUCCUCCCCCAGGCGACCUGGCACCAACCUGCCAUCAAACACUCCAUCAUCGCCCUCGCCAACCUCCACCAGUCGCUCACGACGUCGGGGUCCGUCUCGACGCAGGCGGCCCACGACUCGGUGACCCACUACAACACGGCGAUCAGGGCGUUACUGACCCACAAGCCCCCCAUCGACGUCGUGUUGGUCUCGUGCGUCAUCUUCUGGUGCCUGGAAAACUUCAACGGCACCGAGAAGGCGGCCUUCGAUCACAUGAAGGCCGCCAUCAAGAUCCUGGGGGAGUGGAAGGCCAAGCGCCGACCGGACGAUCCCGCCCACGAUCUCAUCUCGACGUACAUCGAGCCCACCAUCAGGGACGUGGUCAGGUUGGCACCGGUGGCGCGCCUGGAAGAGCUCGAGGGCCAGAUCACGGCGAUAGGACUCAGUCCGCAAGACGUCCGGAUCAUCAACCACGCACUGGGCCAGACAUUUGAAGGCCUCGAGGACGCCAGCACGUACCUGUGCGAAGCCAUCUCCGACAUUUUGAGUCUCACGACCCUGGCAUCUUCGUCGUCCAUGAUGGACCACGACGGGGGAGCUGGAGCGCUGUCGGACGAGGUCAUCGAAUCCAUCAACGACCUCGACGCCAGACUGUACAAGUGGAUCAACCUUUUCCAAAAGCUCACCUCGACGGGUCCCGUGUCCGAGAGGCGGAUGCUCGUGGUGCACAACGUCGCCGCGUACGUCCUUCUGGACCUGACCAAAAACCGACUCCGCGUGUCGGAGGAGCCAGUGGUGCAGCCGCCUCGCUGUCGGUGGAGUUUCGUCGUCAACGAGGUCGAGGAUAUGCUCAAACACGGACAAGGUCCCGCCGUAGCCGUCGCGGACGAACCCAGCGGCGGCAGUCUGUCGGGUGGGCUGGGGUUCAUCCCUCCCCUGUUUCUGGCCGCGACGUCCGCACCGAACGUGGAGGUCCGGAGACGGGCAGUCAACGCCAUCAGACUGUUGAACCUGGUCGAAGGAUCGUGGAACUCGGAACUGGCUGCCAAGAUCGCCGAGGCCAUGCUCGAUGUUUUGUCUCACCGGUCAGAUCGGUCGCCACACCACCCUCGAGAUCCGUCCGAGGUCACCCUCGGCCAGAUGAGGUUCGGCGUGGACGUUCAAAGGGCGAGGUUGUACCUACGAUGGAAUGGAGGAGAGAAUCAUCGGUACGUCGACAAAGAGAUUGGAAUAGACGACAUUGCGUCAGUGGAUCCGAACUUACCCGAAGUGAUUGAACGUUUUGGGUAUCCUGCAUUGCAGACGAAUUGAAACAUUGAAACGAAUACUUUACGAGUAUGGGAAUCAGCAGCAUAUAUACAGGCUCGUAUGAAUGUGGAUGAAGAUCGACGAGUAUGACAGAGUGAAGCAAGCAUAUACAGGCAUAUAUGAAUGUGGGUAUGGGUGUGUGUGCAAAUGGGUUGAUGCUGUUAUCGCCUUUCCUUUUUUUUGGAUUUUUUUUUUUGGAAUAAACCCGGAGUUCUGGGGAGGAAUUGAUUCAACACAUAGCCCGGAAGGGGAAAAAAAGGCAAUUCAAGGGAAAGGGACAACCCAGAAACACACGAGACUUUAUGAGGGAUGAUAUGGUGUGGUGAUUUAGGAGUUUGAUGUUUUCUUUGGAUCCAAAGGCGUUCGUUGGCAGGUUGUUUAUCUUUCUUCUAGGAAUGGAUGGGGUUUUUCUCCGGGAGAAAAAGACGAGUAGGAUUCUUAUACUCCGUAAGGGGGGUUCGAGUCUGGCUUCGUGAACCGGAUCAUGG